AGAUAAGAGCGAAAUGUGAAUUCCUCUGUUUACAGGUUUUAGCACAAUUAGGUUAACCACCAAAAUGGCACUAGGGAAGGAAACUGAGAGGAGUUUAAUUCAGAAAUAUGUUACAAUAUUUCUUGUAGUUAGUGGCUAUUGGGUCGUCUCGAUUUUGACUGUGUUUAUCAACAAAACCCUCCUCAGUGACAUCAGUUUAGACGCCCCGAUGUUCAUUGCGUUGUAUCAAACCUUCAUAACCGCAGCCAUUUGUUUCGUUAAAAAAGGCUUAGCUCGGGUAUUCCCCCAACAUUUUAGUUUCCCUGAAACGAGCGUAUGGGACGCACAAACAAUUAAAACAAUCUUGCCCGUGUCUCUUAUGUUUACUAUGAUGAUCGCAAUGAACAAUCUCUGCUUAAAAUACGUCUCAGUCGCUUUCUACUACAUUGGAAGGUCCUUGACCACGAUUUUUAACGUAGCGUUCACGUUCGUAAUCUUGGGGGAGAGAACGUCCAAGCAGUGUUUAUUUUUUUGUGGUGUCAUCAUAUUUGGGUUUUACUUAGGAGUGGACCAGGAAAGUCUCUCUGGGAGUUUAUCAAUAAGUGGCACCAUUUUUGGUGUUUUGGCUUCGCUGUCUUUAUCCCUUUAUUCAAUUUUCACUAAAAAAGUUCUGACAAAAGUUGAUAACCAAGUUUGGGCGUUAUCGUACUACAACAAUAUUUAUGCAACUAUUUUAUUCAUUCCCUUGAUGCUUUUUAAUAACGAAUUCUUUGUCUUGGCCGAUUACAGUGGGUUAUCACAAACAUAUUUUUGGUUUAUAAUGACAGUUGGGGGAGUUUGUGGAUUCGCAAUUGGAUUUUUUACCUCUUUACAAAUCAAGUAUACGUCAGCUUUAACGCACAACAUAUCAGGCACAGCUAAGGCUUGUGCCCAAACUGUGUUAGCCACUUACUGGUAUCAAGAAGCAAAGUCGGCACUUUGGUGGUGUUCAAAUUUUAUUGUCUUGUUGGGAAGCAUGGGAUAUGCAAGAGUUAAACAACUUGAUAUGGAGAAAAAACAUAAAGAGACCAUGAUGUAUCAAAAAGUGUGAUAAUUGUGCGACUGUUUUUAAUAAAAACUGUGAUUUGUAUAAGAUAAUUGAUCAAAUUGAUUAUUUACUCUAAAAAUAUGUAAACAAGUUGCUGGUUCAAAAACACAUAAAAAUACCAAAGCGGUCUAUAAGUGUAUACUAUGUACAUAGUAAUUUAAUUACUUGUAGGGAUAAGAAAUUGCCGUUGUGUAAAGAGGAUACAAUUAAAACUGUAUUCCAGUUGAAAUAUAAAAUUUUAUGGCUAUGUUUUUAAAUAUUAAUGCCGUCCUAUUGGUAUAAAAUUUCAUGUUCGACCUGAAUUAACUUGUAGUGCAGAAAUCAUUGGUUUUUAGAUCACAAUACGUCUGGCUUUUUUUCUAUGCUAUCUAUAAGGAUUAAAUUUUAUAAGGUAGAUUUUUUUUAUUAAGCAGGUAACACUUUUAUAGUUCGUAACUAUAAAAGUUAAGCAGUUUUGAUUGUCUAGGAUUUAAUAGCCAAUGACUUCUGCUGUGACUUCAUAACAGUUGUUUCUUUGUACAAAAAAUAAUGUAUUUAAUUAUGCAAGUGAAAUAAAGUUUUGCAGUUAAAAA